AUGUCGAUGAAACGGAUACGCCGGAUUUUCGAGCACGAGACAGAGCGAGAGGCCUCGUACGAGCCUCUCGAGGGCGGUUCUGAGCGUCCAGAUGGCGAGCGCAUCGAGGGCUCGGAGAAUGCCUUCUCGUGGACUGCCUAUUCUGUCUUCCUGCUGCUUGGUGUGGCUAUGCUUUGGGCAUGGAACAUGUUCCUUGCUGCAAAUCCGUACUUCCAGCGACGCUUCGAGCGCAACGAUAACCUCCUACGUAACUUCCAGUCGGCCAUCAUGUCCGUAUCGACUGUGGGCAAUCUUGGUUCUAUGAUCGUCUUGACCAAGCUACAGGCGCGAGCAAACUAUCCACACCGCAUAGCCAGCUCGCUGGUCCUCAACAUCAUUGUGUUCACUCUAUUGGCAUUGUCUACGAAACUGUUUCUCGGUGUCACAGCUGGCGUUUACUUUGCUUUUCUGAUGCUCAUGGUGUUCAGCGCAAGUCUGGCAGCAGGGCUUUGCCAGAACGGCGUCUUUGCUUAUGUUGCAAGCUUUGGCCGAGAAGAGUACACACAGGGCAUCAUGACAGGACAGGGCAUUGCUGGAGUAUUACCUUGCAUUGCCCAGAUUGUUUCCGUGCUUUCGGUCCCUUCAAAGAAAGAGCAUGUUGAUGGUACGCCACAGCAGUCCAGCACGUCUGCGUUUGCCUACUUCCUUACAGCCACCGUCAUCUCUGCCAUGGCCUUGCUAGCCUUCUUCUACCUUCAUCGCAGGCACAGCUCCAGGGUCCACCUUGAUGAAUUGGAUGCUACCUCAGCUGCCACCGAACGCAAGAGCAUCCCCCUUACUCGUCUAUUCAGGAAGCUCACCUGGCUGGCCAGUGCCGUGUUCCUAACCUUUGUGGUAACCAUGUUCUUCCCUGUCUUCACCCAGAAGAUUGUUAGCGUGCGAGAUCCAGAAUCUGCGCCCCGUCUAUUCCAACCAGCCACCUUCAUACCCCUGGGCUUUCUCUUCUGGAAUAUUGGAGAUCUCCUUGGACGCGUGGGCCCUGCUCUCCCUGCUCUACGCCUGACAGCCUAUCCAAAGAUACUUUUCGUGUUUUCAAUCGCACGAACCGCUUUCAUCCCAUUAUACCUUCUCUGCAAUGUUGGCGGUACAGGAGCUACCGUCAGCUCAGAUUUCUUCUACCUGUUUGUCGUGCAGCUGCUCUUUGGACUCACCAAUGGAUACCUUGGAAGCAGCUGCAUGAUGGGCUUUGUCGAGUGGGUCGAUGUCGAUGAGGCGGAAGCUGCAGGUGGCUUUAUGUCACUGUGUCUUGUUGGUGGUUUGACGGUGGGAAGUUUCAUGAGCUUUUUUGCUGCGCAGGCUGUAUGA